AUGGUGCUCCACGAAAGGACGGUCCAUCUGAAGGAGAAACCUUUUAUUUGUCCUAUUUGUGAAAAACCAUACACUGAUCGGUCGUGUUGGAGAAAGCACAUCGCGACGCAUGAAUCACCGCAAGGAGUCAAACCGGUGCCAAUUAGGGUUAAAUCCAUACGGCCAAAAGAAGUAAAGCCAAAGGUUGUCGCCCGGGUGGUUACCCCAGCGGAAAAUAAGCCUCGUCAACGAAGAAACACAGGUCCGAAACGGUACAAUUGUGAUCUGUGUGAUAAAAUGUUUGCACGUCGACGGAACGUGCAGCACCAUAUGACCUACACACACAACAAGAUUAAACCACAUGAGUGUCAAUUCUGCGGGAAAAAAUACUCAGAUAUAACUUCCUUCAAGCGGCACAUACGAGGUCACACCGAUCCAGAAGUGCAGAGACCGACACAGCAGGCGCCUGAAGCCACGAUGGUCAAUGAAUUGCUCGUGGGCGAUUUGACAGAAUUGGAGUUUACGCCGGAGGGAAGCGACGACACGAUCACGUUCAUUGUGAUUACGGAUGGUUAA